ACAGGUUACAAGAUGAAUCUGAUUUUUGUCCUUUUGGCGCUGAGCGUUCUCGGACUCAAAGGAUGCGCCCAAAGAUCUCAAGAGAAACCCGGCAACGCUACACGCUUACACCAAAUUCUCCAAAAAGGAGCACGUCUGGUUCCGGUGACCACAAAAGAUUCACAACGGACAGAGAAAACUUCCAAGCAAGAACCAACAAAGUCAAGGAACCCGAAUCCUUCCUUGCAGACUUAUUCACAAACUGGGAAUACUCUGGUGGCAGGGAGAGGACAAUGCAUAGUGAACGGGAUGGUCAUGUAUGACGGUGCAGCCUGGGCACCUCGUCCUUGUAUUAUGUGUAUAUGUGAUCAGGGCAAGCAGGUGUGCCAGCAAGACAGCUGUGAAACGAUAUCGUGUCAUUCAGGCCAACUACAAACAUCUCCAGGGUCAUGUUGUCCAACAUGUGUGAAAACAGGACCACCAAAAUCAUCAGUCUUCCUGCCAACACCAAAACCCAACCAACAGAAAAACAUAAAAGGGAAGAAGGAAAAAGAAGAAAACCAGGAGGAUACAAUAGGCAAUGGAGAGCGAGGUAGACAACCCAAAGCUAAGAAUGGAUUCUCCACAACUACACAUGCCAGUGCUGUAUCUGUGAGCACUCAGACAACAAAGAAACAGUCAGAGAUAAGCAAAGUGACUGAAGUGGUCGAAAGAAGAACCCCCUCAAGGAAGAAGGAACUGCACAAUGACAACCAACAGACAAGCAAUCAGAAGAAGGGUAUGGUUCUUGGGAAAUCAAAGAAAGAACAAAAUGGAAAGAAAGCAUCAGGUCAUGAGGUUCCAAAAGUCCAACGCAAGGAACCCCCAACGGAAGAGAGAAGAAAACAUUCAGGAGUAAAGAAAGAAUCAACACGGAAUUCCAGUGCAGGAAAAAAGAUAACGGAAGAUCAGGUUGAAACAAACAGGAAAUCGGACAUUGCUGAUAGCUUGACUCCUGCCCCAACGGACCCUGUUAUAGAACCACCGACGCGUCCAACAGAAAAUGACAUGCCCUCACUCCCCAGCGGCUGCCUUCUCGCAGAAUCCACCAUUGCCUGUGCAAACACAAAGAUGAAGUACCUUCCAUUAAUGACAGAUCUGGGGCUGAAGACACUCUACUUGGCAGAUAACGAGAUUUCCAAACUCCCUGCAAGAGCCUUCUCUGGUUUACCCAAUCUAGAAUGGUUGGAUCUUAGCAAGAACAAACUGGGUGAUUCCGGGUUAUCAACUGAUGUUUUUCAGAACCUAACCAAGCUGAAACGUCUUAAUCUGGAUGGAAACCGCCUGACGGUCCUCCCGAUCCUUCCACAAUCCCUCCAGGAGCUGAAAAUCAAUGACAAUAAUCUCCGGGAACUGAACAAACACAGCUUCCGUGGUUUGAGCAAUUUACUGAAUCUGGAAUUAGAGGGAAACAGUUUCCAUGACGGGAAUGUCAACCCUCUCACCUUCAAGCCUUUAAAGAAACUCACUUAUUUGCGCCUGGACCACAAUCAUUUCCGAGCCAUACCAUCUGGACUUCCGGCAUCCCUGCAGGAACUUCAUCUGGACAAUAAUCGUAUUGAAAUUAUAUCUGAAGGGAUCCUGAAUAAGACUCUGAACCUGAGUAUUCUUGUGCUGAGUAACAACAGGCUGCAGGAGAACCACAUUGCUCCUCGUGCUUGGAUCGACCUGCUGAACCUGGAAUCUUUGGAUUUAUCCCAUAACCGGUUGGUACAUGUCCCAUCCUUUUUACCCCGUGGGUUAAAGUACCUCUUCAUGCACCAUAAUCAGAUUGAGCGGAUCCCAGGCUAUGUCUUUGCCCAUUUGAAGCCUGGACUGGAGUUUCUUCACCUUUCACGCAACCACCUGAGAGAUGACGGAAUCCACACAGUGUCCUUCUUUGGGCUCUAUAAAUCCCUCAAUGAACUUUUGCUGGAUAACAAUUUGCUGCAGUCCAUACCCCGCGGUAUCCUGAACUUGAAAAAUUUACAAGUCCUCCGUCUAAGCUUCAAUAAAAUUAGGUACAUCCCUCUCAAUUCCAUAUGCGAUACUAGAAUAUCUGAAGACUCCAAUCUUGUAUCUGUGCACCUUGAACAUAAUUUCAUUAAUAGGCGCCUGAUCCCCCCCACCGCAUUUUCUUGCAUCAAAACCUACCACAGCGUCAUACUGCGUCCUCAGCACAAUGAAUACGAAGACUAUUAAUGGAGAAAAUAAACACUGGAACUUGACUUAUAGUGUACAUAAAGAAAUUGUAAUUGGUGAAUUGAAGCCCACGAUGGCUUCUUAUUUGUCAUCUAUCCAUAACCUUCUCUGCUCUGACUUUGGUUUCUAUAGCUCAUUCUAGGGAUCAUACUUUGGGCCAGUCCACAAGUUCACUUUAAUGGCAGCUAACCUAUAUAGUGUUCAUAUAUGAAAUGUGCUGUCCCACCUACUCUGCUGAAUUUAACACUCAUAUCUAAACGCAGAAUUAGAAAUGUAACUU